AUGAUUAUAAGGUCUUCGGGGGUCUCGGGGACUUUUUCUCUUCUUCUCUCUACCUUGGAGACGGACGAUACGAUGUUAGGUUUCCAGAUGUCCCAACGGGACAACUGCAAGCUGGACAUGGUCUCCUGA